UGGACUUGGCGGAGGCAGUCGGGGAGAAUAAGCAGCAAGAUAUAGGCGGUAUUGAAACGGGUUUCAUUAAAAAUAUAGCUAAUGCAGUACUUAGUGAUGAGGAACUCGACGAAUUUUAUAAAGCGGUACAAAAAAAAGAUACAAAACGCAUGAAAACAAAAGGUUUAAAUUGUUUGCAGCCAUUUAAACAAGGAUCAUUUACCUUAGCUUCAGUACGAAGAUACCUUGACGAAGACAAGCCUAACCUAGAUAGAGAAGAUGUCAACAAGAUAAUACGACAUAUGCGGCCUUAUCACAUGUCAUUAAAGGCAUUUCAAUCAACAAUGAAACAGAAAUUUACUAAUGGGGAACUCAACAAAAUUUAUAAUGUGGUUAAAAAAAGGGAAAAAAUUGUGGAAAAAACGCGGUUUGGCUCGAGAACAACUAAAAAUGUAACCAAAGAUGGAGUGAGAAAGUAUUUCAAUAAGGAACUCAACAAUUAUGGACUAGAUAUAUGGGAAAUCGAAGGGAUACUUAAAUCCUUGAAGGAUGACCAUAUGACAAGAACGGAAUUUAAAAGAUUAAUGAGAUCUCAAGACAACAAGUGAAACAUGUGUAUGAAUCAUUGUAAAAACAAUAUACAUUCUCAGUUAUACAAUACGUUGUGGAACAGUAUGUACAGCUGAUAUGUAUUUAAUAAAAACUAAAUUUGAUGUUAAAAUAUAAACAAAAUUUCAACGACCAUUAUACACAUUUUACCUACUAAUCUAUGGCUACGAAAAUGGCAUACAAAAUAUUGUCGGGUUAUAAAAUAUCAAACAAAUUAAAACACCAAUAAGCUCAGAAAGAGUAAACAUGCUUUUGUUUAAUUUAAUUUUUCUGAAUUUGACCGAGUAUUGAGUUGGGCUUUAAAGUCUAAAGAGAAAAGUGAUUAAAUUAUCCUUAAACCGUGGUAAAAUGUUAGGUAGUUUUGUUAGAGUAUACUUAAGGUAUUUGAGAAAUAGUUUCAAUAUGAUAUUAUAAAUUAUUUACGAUAAUAUAUUGGUCACAAUAGACAAUAAUUGUAGAGAAACGACAAACACUAAACGUAAUAGGUACAAUUUUGUGCACAUUACCGUUUUCUAAAGCAUUUUUUUUUUGUUUAUGGAGUAAAUUUAUCACUUUUAGAUAUAACAAUAAAUCUUCCUGAAGACGGUGACUUCCCCCACAGACGAAUUAUUAUCACACUGUAAAUUUAUUUUUUAUUUUUCUUAACAAUAUUUCAGAGCUACAAAAUUACUAUAACAUACUACCGUCGUUUACUAUAUUCAAAAAUCCAAACUAUUUUAAGUAUUUUUUAAUUUAUCUCCUAAAAAAUAUGUAGAGGUAGUAUGCCGUUAGCUUAUUUAAUUUUAAUUUUAACUUUAAAUUCUA